AAGGCGGUGGCAGUGGCGGUCCCGCGGCGGCGGCGGUGACAGGUAAAGAACAUUUCCCCAGAGAAAAUGCGUUGUUUUGAAGGACCAAAAUAAAAAGAAAUUUUGCAAAAUUCACUUUUCAGUCUGUAAGGAAAUCUACAGUUUCUUCAACUCACUUGUGCAAAGAUAUUUGUGAAUGAACUUUGCUAAAUAUGGAUUCAGGUGGUGGAAGUCUUGGAUUGCACACUUCAGAUGCUAGGAUGGCCCAUACCAUGAUUAUGCAGGAUUUUGUGGCUGGAAUGGCUGGUACUGCACAUAUCGAUGGAGACCAUAUUGUUGUUUCAGUUCCUGAAGCUGUAUUAGUUUCUGAUGUUGUCACCGAUGAUGGGAUAACUCUUGAUCAUGGCCUUGCAGCCGAAGUUGUCCAUGGGCCUGAUAUUAUUACAGAGACUGAUGUAGUAACAGAAGGUGUGAUUGUCCCUGAAGCUGUACUUGAAGCUGAUGUUGCCAUUGAAGAAGAUUUAGAAGAAGAUGAUGGAGAUCAUAUCUUGACUUCUGAACUAAUUACAGAAACCGUUAGGGUACCAGAGCAGGUUUUUGUAGCUGAUCUUGUUACUGGUCCAGAUGGACAUUUGGAACAUGUGGUUCAAGAUUGUGUUUCAGGUGUUGACUCUCCCACAAUGGUAUCAGAAGAAGUUCUUGUAACUAAUUCAGAUACAGAAACUGUGAUUCAAGCAGCUGGUGGUGUUCCUGGUUCUACUGUUACAAUAAAAACUGAAGAUGAUGACGACGAUGAUGAUGUCAAGAGCACUUCUGAAGACUACUUAAUGAUAUCAUUGGAUGAUGUGGGAGAGAAGUUAGAACAUAUGGGAAACACACCAUUAAAAAUCGGUAGUGAUGGCUCACAAGAAGAUGUUAAAGAAGAUGGAUUUGGUUCAGAAGUGAUAAAAGUGUAUAUAUUUAAAGCAGAGGCUGAAGAUGACGUUGAAAUAGGUGGGACAGAAAUUGUCACAGACAGUGAAUAUACCAGUGGACAUUCUGUAGCUGGAGUGGUUGACCAGAGCCGAAUGCAGCGAGGGAAAAUGGUUUACAUGGCAGUCAAAGAUUCUUCCCAAGAAGAAGAUGAUAUCAGUUAUGCUGAAAUAUCAAAUGAACCAUACAUGGAAAUCACUAUAGGGGAAGAGGAAGAAACAGUCCUUGAGAUUCAGCUUGAGAACACUGAUGUUAAUAAUGCAGGUUUCCCUGUUGUCUAUCCUGCAUCAUAUGGAAACACUUUUGACUCAACGUUAGAAAACAGAAACACUACAGCAGCACAGUACCUUCAAAUUUGUGAUAGCAUUAACACAAAUAAAGUACUUAAACAAAAAAUCAAGAAGAGGAGAAGGGGAGAAACAAGGCAAUGGCAAACAGCUGUUAUAAUAGGCCCUGAUGGACAGCCCUUGACAGUAUACCCUUGCCAUAUUUGCACAAAAAAGUUUAAAUCCAGGGGAUUCUUAAAAAGACACAUGAAGAAUCAUCCUGAUCAUUUGAUGAGAAAGAAAUAUCAGUGUACAGAUUGUGACUUUGCAACUAACAAGAAAGUUAGUUUCCAUAACCACUUAAAAAGCCAUAAGCUCAUAAACAAAGUUGACAAAACCCAUGAAUUUACAGAAUACACUCGAAGAUACAGAGAAGCUAGUCCACUGAGUUCAAAUAAACUCAUCUUAAGAGACAAGGAGCCGAAGAUGCACAAGUGCAAGUACUGUGACUAUGAAACUGCCGAACAAGGACUGUUAAACAGACAUUUGCUGGCUGUUCACAGUAAGAAUUUCCCUCAUGUUUGUGUUGAGUGUGGAAAGGGUUUUCGUCAUCCUUCUGAACUCAAGAAACAUAUGAGAACCCAUACCGGUGAGAAGCCAUAUCAGUGUCAGUAUUGUGUCUUCAGGUGUGCAGAUCAAUCAAAUCUGAAAACUCACAUUAAGUCUAAGCAUGGUAACAACUUGCCGUAUAAAUGCGAGCAUUGUCCUCAAGCAUUUGGUGAUGAAAGAGAGCUUCAACGCCAUCUGGAUUUGUUUCAAGGACAUAAAACACACCAAUGUCCUCAUUGUGAUCACAAGAGCACCAACUCAAGUGACCUUAAGCGGCACAUCAUAUCUGUCCAUACCAAGGACUUCCCUCACAAAUGUGAAGUCUGUGAUAAAGGUUUUCAUCGUCCUUCAGAGCUUAAAAAACAUAGUGAUAUUCAUAAGGGUAGAAAGAUUCAUCAGUGUAGGCACUGUGACUUUAAAACAUCAGAUCCAUUUAUUCUUAGUGGUCAUAUCCUAUCAGUUCAUACUAAAGAUCAGUCAUUGAAGUGUAAGCGGUGCAAGAGAGGGUUCAGACAACAGAAUGAGCUCAAAAAGCACAUGAAGACGCAUACUGGAAGGAAGAUUUACCAAUGUGAAUAUUGUGAAUACAGCACCACAGAUGCAUCUGGAUUUAAACGGCAUGUGAUUUCCAUACAUACAAAAGACUAUCCACACAGGUGUGAAUUCUGCAAGAAGGGAUUCCGAAGGCCAUCAGAAAAAAACCAGCAUAUAAUGAGGCACCACAAGGAGACUCUUAUAUAGUAAGAUCAAUAUAAGGAAGUUAUUUACAAAAUAAGAUGCUAUUUGGGAGGAGAAUCUCACUGUUUUAUCUGGUUUCAAAGCUUGAUAUUAAGUCAUACCUUUACAUUCUUUGUAUUAAAGAUCUUAAAAUAUUUGGAUUAGAAGGGGGAUCUCAU